AUGAAGAAGUCGUGUGAAACCGGAUCUGUGCGUGCAGAACAACGGCUGCGUGAAGACGUGCGGCGCACUGUGCGAAUGAUGACAGGACGAAGCGCGUGGUUCAUUCAUGUCGCGGUGCAAGCGAGAGCGGGCGGUGACGCAACACCGCGAGGUCGCCCUGCACCUGGCGCCGCUCCCCCCCUCCCCCCCCUGUCGGCCACCACGACACACAAUGGAAAUUUAAUAUGCACUACACUCAGCUCUGUGGUAGACCAUACUGAUCCCUUAGUUAUUAAUAGGUCGCGCAUCCGAAUGAGGUCUGUAGUACUGCGCCUCGGAGACCUGCACUGA